AAGAAAGAAACGUUAGAUUUGUACGCCAGAAUCAACCGAUUAUACAGUAUUGAAUGCAAGAAGAACAAUCUUUUCGCCAGCAGCUUGCUGAGAGUUAUGAAUCGACCGCACAUCUCGUGCGGCAGUUGAGCUAGGUUUCUUUCAAUGUAGCUAACAGGUAAGCGAGCAAAUAUUCAGUUGGGUUUGGGAUGGCGGAGGGUGGCGGUAAUGUAAACGUUAAUUCGUCCGGGCUUCCACCGGGAGACCCGCAGCUCAUCGCUAUGAUUGUGGAGCAUCUGAAGAACCGGGGGCUUUUUGAUGAGUUCCGUCGGGACUGUUUGGCUGAUGUUGAUACGAAGCCUGCCUAUCAAAACCUGAGACAGAAAGUCGACAACUUUGUCACAUCCCAGUUGAGCACACAGGACUGGAACCCGUCCAUCAACAAGAACCAGAUGAGAAACGGACUGAGGCAAAGUGUUGUCCAAUCAGGCAUGCUGGAAUCGGGUGUGGAUAGAAUCAUAGCUCAGGUUGUGGACCCCAAGAUGAACCACAUUUUCCGGCCACAUAUAGAAACUGCCAUUCACGAUUUCCUCUCAGGGGAAAGGAAGGAAGAGAGCACCUCAACUUCUAACUCAGCACCAUCUGAACAGACAGAAACCCAAGAGGUCCCUUGUGCCUCUGGCCCUAAAACUCCCACACAGGCUCCCACUCCUGUGAACGCGCAGCUUUCUCGGGGCUUUAUAUGCCAGCAUUCAUGUCGCUGCCACAUUGUACGGGCAGACUCCCACAGCUUCAUCCCACUAAAUUAUAUGAACCAGAAAAUAAAACAACACCCCAUAAAGACCAAACUAUCAACAGAUAUCCAGGGGAAUAUGUCUGCUGUCUUGUUGUUGCUGCUGCUGGCGUGUCAUCAGGUGCUGGCUGUGAAUCAGCGUGAUCUCCAAGAGAAACAAGGCAACCAAGGCAAAAAACGACUUUCUUUGCAGAGUACAGCUGAAAUUCAGAGCUGCCUGGUGAGUUCAGGGGAUGUCGGCUGUGGGAUGUUUCAGUGUUUCAACAACAACUCCUGUGAGAUCCAAGGCCUGCACCACAUAUGUCUCACUCUGCUGCACAACGCCGGCCACUAUGAUUCGCAGGGUAAAUCAUUUGUGAAGGACGCGCUUCGGUGUAUGGCUCUCGGACUGCGUCAGCGCUUCAGCUGCAUGAGCCGGCGGUGCUCUGCAAUAAAAGAGAUGGUGUUCUUGCUCCAGAGAGAGUGCUACACCAAACACCAUCUCUGCCUCGCUCUGCAGGACCAUGUGGACACCAUGGGAAACCUGGUCCAGUUUCACUUGAUGUUUCCCACAGGGCCAUACGUGGAACUGAUGAACUUCCUGUUGAAAUGUGGAGAUGAGGUCAGGGCGUGGGUCGGACGGCGGCUGCGGGGGCAGUGUGAGCAACACUGGGGUGCUCUGUGCAGCAGCUUUGCCAACUUUUGCUCUCACAGCCAAUCAGACAAUCUGCAGUAUGCCACGACUCCACAGUCCACUGUGCCUUGGCCUAUCACCGACCAGGGAUAUCUGCAGCUGCCAAUCAGUGGGGGUGAACUAGAAGACAUGAGUGAGGGCCGGCAUAUCAACAACGCUACUGUAUCUGGUCUCCUUCUGGCUGAGAAAUCCAACACCACUGCUUCUUAGACAGACGAGUCACUGAGAGGUGCACACAUGGUAUACACAGAUUAUGCACUUAUUACAUUAGAAGUAGAAAUAGUAAUAGCAGUACUUUUUGAAGAGUAAUUAUCGUAGAGUUCCAGGUAAAAACAAUGCAGCAUAAGUUAUUCAGUUUGUUGGAUAUUUGUCUCAUAUUCAUAUUUUUCUGAACAUAUGAUUUUGUACAAGGACAGUCGUCUACCUCACUUCAGUGUUACAGUUAACUACAGGGACUAUAUCCCAUAGAGUGUGAACACAUACACACACAGGUCAAACCUACAGAGUGUAUCUGUAUUUCAAGUGCAGCUGAUGGCCCCAAGUCAGUAUUCUGUUUAUUUGUCUGGUUUUGUAUUUAUAAGGAUUGUUAAAUUGUGCACCAUGCAGUCAACAUGCUAUCGACAGUCGAGAUGCCGUCUGCAGGAAGGGAAGCACUCUUUGGUCAUGUGUUUUAUAAUGUACUAUUUUAAUGAUCACAACCACACCACGGGUCUAAGUGUAUCUUUUAAACUCAACUGUAAACUGUGUUAAAUGUAAUUAAACUACAAUGAUGUGAU